AUGGGCAGUUCAUCAAGAAAAACAAGCGAACUCUCAAAAAAUGUUCCCAAAACUUUUAAAAUUGUUAUUCUGGGCGACACAAACGUGGGGAAGUCCAGCUUGUUUAUCAGAUACUUGAGGGAUGAGUUUAAGGAGGCUAUUGCAAAUACAAUAGCCAUCAGUAAUGAUUUCAAGGAGGUUUUGGUGGAUGGAAAUCCAGUGCACUUGCAAAUGUGGGACACGGCAGGACAGGAGAGAUUCAAGUCGAUAGUUUCCCAGCUUUACAGAGAUGCUGACGGCUUUAUUUUUGUAUACGACGUGAACAUAAGCAGGACAUUUUCAGGAAUGAAAAAUCUGAUUGCCGAACUUUCGAGCAUCCUCAACCCAAAGUUUACCGUUCUUGUUGGAAAUAAAAUAGAUUGCUUAGAAGGAGAGGCUUUAGAGGAGGAAAGAGGCUUCCUUCAAGAUUUUGCAGCUAAAAAUAAAUUUAAGUACUUCUUUACGAGUGCGAAGACAGGCGAAAGUGUAAACGAGGUUUUUGAGUAUUUAAGUAGGGUUUUAUAUUACAAUACCGAUGUAAAGACAAAGCCCAAGAAUGUACUAACGUCAAUAUUUAAAAAGAAGAAGAGUUUUUGCCUUUAA